AUGCUCUCUUACACAUGGAUUUCUACUUUACCACCUCGUUAUCACGGUAGUAGAAUACAACUAGGUGCAUUAAAUUUUCAGGUCGUUGCGAACGAGGUCGAAGAUUCUAGGGAAAAUUAUUUCAAUGAGAGACGGCGUGGUCCAACAGCAUUAAUAGCAGCAGCUCGUGCUGGCUACAAAGAUAUGGUAAAACUUUUACUUGAAAAUGACGCGGAUGUUGACUGCAUAACGGUGCUACCUAUAGGUAGACUCACUGCCUUAAGCUCUGCAGCUGCGCAUGGCCACAAAGAAGUUGUCCAAUUGUUGUUAGACCAUGGUACUAGUUCUUCUAAUUAUGAAAAUGCCUUGUCGGCAGCCGUCAAGUAUGAUCAUAAAGACGUCGUGCUGCUACUUCUUACUGAAUACAGCCGAUACGGGGAAGGGACAAACCCGAUGUGGCGUGCAGCUGAGGAUGGCAAUCUAUCUAUGAUUGAAUUACUUCUUAGUAGAGGAUUUGAUGGCCGAAAAGCAUUGGUAGAGGUUAUUCGGUUUCAUCAUAUAAACGUCGUUAAGUUUCUGCUGGAGGAGGGAACCGAUCCAGAUGUACCAAGUGUGCGCGAAUGCGCUGUUGGCAUGGCUAUUAGCAUUCGAAAUGUGCAUAUGAUCGAGCUUUUGCUACACCAUGGGGCUCAUAUACAUCCGGAGACCCUCAAAUUUACCCGAUGGCACGGUCCGAAAGAGAUGGCUGAGUGGGCAGAGCGGUUUCCAGUCUUAAGUUAUACCAGGUCGUCCAUGUUUCCCAUCCAAACACGCCCUUCUGGAAUUAGUACUUUAUUGCCAAAUUUUCAGCUCUCUAAUGCCGGCUAA